UCGCGGACUGUUUCCAGGCGGAAUAAUUUCGUUGUCACUCAUGUUUGAGCUAAGUGCUAACUAGACGCGAACGUCGAGUGGUGACAAAACAGAGGCGAGGCCAGUUCACCGGGCGUCCUGCAAAGGAACCCUGAAUUCAUUUCGACUUGUUGGUUACUCGUGACGUCUUCCGAUGGAGCUGGCCCACAGUCUGCUGCUCAACGAGGACGCCCUGGCCCAGAUCACCGAGGCCAAGAGGCCGGUCUUCAUCUUCGAAUGGCUCCGUUUCUUGGACAAAGUUCUUGUGGCAGCGAACAAGGUGGAUGUGAAAGAGAAGCAGAAGAAGCUGGUGGAGCAGCUCACAGGCCUCAUCAGCAGUGCCCCCGGGCCCCCCACCCGUAAACUCCUGGCCAAAAACCUGGCCACGCUGUACAGCAUCGGCGACACCUUCACCGUCUUCCAGACUCUGGACAAGUGCAAUGACAUCAUCAAGAGCAAAGAUGACACGCCCACCUACCUGCCCACUAAACUCGCCGCAGUGGCUUGCGUCGGGGCCUUCUAUGAGAAAAUGGGCCGAAUGCUCGGGAGCUCCUUCCCCGAAACCAUCAACAACCUCCUGAAGGCUUUGAAAAGCGCUGAGUCCCAGGGCCGUGGGGAGAUCCUGCUCAGCCUGCAGAAGGUCCUGAGCGGGCUGGGGGGGGCCGCGGCCUCCUGCCACCGGGACAUCUACAAGAACGCCCGCUCCUUGCUGACCGACCGAUCGAUGGCCGUCAGGUGUGCGGUCGCCAAGUGCCUGCUGGAGCUGCAGAACGAGGCCGUCUUCAUGUGGACCACCGAGCUGGAGAACGUGGCCACCCUCUGCUUCAAGGCCCUGGAGGGGUCCAACUACGGGGUCCGAGUGGCCGUGUCCAAGCUGCUGGGGACCGUGAUGGCCACUGCCUUGAUGCCCAAGCAGGCUGCCGUGAUGCGUCAGAACGUGAAGAAGGCCACGUUGGAGGAGGUGCUGGAGCUGAUGGCCACAGGCUUCCUGCGGGGCGGGUCGGGCUUCCUGAAGAGCGGGGGCGAAAUGCUGAAGGGGGGCGGGUCCGUCAGCAGGGAGGUGCGGGUGGGCGUCACGCAGGCGUACGUGGUGUUCGUGACCACGCUGGGCGGCCAGUGGCUGGAGCGCAACUUCGCCACCUUCCUGUCGCACGUGCUGGAGCUGGUGUCGCACCCGCGCGCCACGCAGACGCACGUGGAGGCGGUCUACUCCCGCCGCUGCGUCUCCUUCAUGCUGCGCGCCUCGCUGGGCGGCCUGCUCGGCGAGAAGGCCCAGAUCGCCGCCGCCAAGGAGCUCUGCCAGGCCAUCGCCAAGCAGACCCGGGCUGUCGGUAAGGAGGUGGUUGAUGGGGGGGAAGUGUCCAGGUUCAGAGCAUUGCAGAAGGCGGUGGUGAACGACACCAGCGGGGAGAACAAGGCGGGCGGGGCGGACGUGUCGGCCAGCCAGCACGUGAUGGUGUGCGCCCUGAAGGAGCUGGGCAGCCUGGUACAGAGUCUGAGCGCCACCGCCUCGCCCCUGAUACAGGAGCCCUCUAUCGGUCUCCUGGAGACGGUGACGUCGGUGCUGCUGCACCCCAGCAUGGCGGCGCGGCUGGCGGCGGCCUGGUGCCUGCGCUGCGUCGCCGUGGCGCUGCCCUAUCAGCUCACUCCGCUGCUGGACCGCUGCGCCGAGCGCAUCAACAACCUGAAGACCUCCCCGGAGGCCGUGAGCGGCUACAGCUUCGCCAUGGCCGCCCUGCUGGGGGGCGUGCACCAGUGCCCCCUGGGAAUCCCGCACUCCAAGGGAAAGAUGGUGGUGAGCAUCGCGGAGGACCUGCUCCGCACGGCCGCUCAGAACAGCCGCCUCUCCCUGCAGCGCACGCAGGCCGGCUGGCUGCUCCUGGGGGCCCUCAUGACUCUGGGCCCCUCCCUGGUCCGCUAUCACCUGCCCAAGAUGCUGCUGCUGUGGAGGAACGUGUUCCCGCGCUCGCAGAAGGAGCUGGAGGCGGAGAAGGCCCGGGGGGACUCCUUCACCUGGCAGGUCACCCUGGAGGGGCGCGCUGGGGCGCUCUGCGCCAUGCGCAGUUUUGUGGCCCACUGUCCAGAGCUCCUCACGGAGGACGUGAUCCGCAGGCUGAUGACCCCCAUAGAGUGCGCCAUGACCAUGAUGUCACACGUUCCCGCGGUGAUCAAGGUGCACGGAGCUCACCUGAAGGCCAGCGCAGCCAUGGUGCGACUGAGGCUGUACGACAUCCUGGCCCUCUUACCGCCAAAGACCUACGAAGGGAGCUUCAACGCGCUCCUGAGGGAGCUGGUGGCGGAGUUCACGCUGACGGACAACUCGGCCAACACCACCACCUCCCUGCUGCGCUCGCUCUGUCACUACGACGACAGCGUGCUCAUGGGCUCCUGGCUGCAGGAGACCGACCACAAGUCCAUCGAGGACCAGCUGCAGCCCAACAGUGCGUCAGGGAGCGGGGCGCUGGAGCACGACCCCUCGUCCAUCUACCUGCGCGUGCCCGUGGGCGAGGCCAUCCCCGGGCCCCUGCCGCUCGGCGUGUCCGUCAUCGAUGCGUCCGUGGCGCUCUUCGGCGUGGUCUUCCCCCACGUCUCCUUCAAACACAGGCUCCAGAUGCUGGACCACUUUGCGGAGUGCAUCAAGCAGGCCAAGGGGGUCCGGCAGCAGGCCGUCCAGCUCAACAUCUUCACCGCUGUUCUGAGCGCGCUCAAGGGUCUGGCGGAGAACAAGAGCAGUUUGGGGCCGGAGGAGGUGCGCCGGUCCGCCCUGGCCCUGGUGAUGGGCGCGCUGGACAACCCCAACCCCAUCCUGAGGUGCGCCGCGGGGGAGGCGCUGGGGCGCAUGGCGCAGGUGGUGGGAGAGGCCACCUUCAUCGCCCGCAUGGCCCAGUACAGCUUCGACAAGCUGAAGUCCGCGCGGGACGUGGUGUCCCGGACGGGUCACUCCCUGGCUCUGGGCUGCCUGCACCGCUACGUGGGGGGCAUCGGGUCGGGACAGCACCUGAAGACCAGCGUCAGCAUCCUGCUGGCUCUUGCCCAGGACGGCACCUCCCACGAGGUCCAGACGUGGGCUCUGCACUCUCUGGCCCUGAUCGUGGACUCCAGCGGGCCGAUGUAUCGGGGGUACGUGGAGCCCACGCUGUCGCUGGUCCUGACCCUGCUCCUGACCGUGCCCCCGUCCCACACCGAGGUGCACCAGUGCCUGGGCCGCUGCCUGGGGGCCCUCAUCACCACCGUGGGGCCCGAGCUGCAGGGUAACAGCGCCAGCAUCUCCACCAUCCGCUCGUCGUGCCUGGUGGGCUGUGCCAUCAUGCAGGACCACUCGGACUCGCUGGUGCAGGCGGCGGCCAUCUCCUGCCUGCAGCAGCUCCACAUGUUCGCCCCGCGCCACGUCAACCUGUCCAGCCUGGUGCCCUGCCUCUGCGUGCACCUGUGCAGUUCCCACCUGCUCCUGCGGAGGGCGGCGGUGGCCUGUCUGAGGCAGCUGGCCCAGCGGGAGGCGGCGGAGGUGUGCGAGUACGCCAUGAGCCUGGCCAAGAGAGCCGGGGACAGCAAGGACAGCACCGCCAUCAACCUGAACAUCACGGAGACGGGGCUGGAGGGCGUCCUGUUCGGCAUGCUGGACCGCGAGACCGACAGGAAGCUCUGCUCCGACAUCCACGACACCCUGGGCCACAUGCUGUCCUCCCUGGCCGUGGAGAAGCUGUCCCAUUGGCUGAAACUCUGCAAGGAUGUCCUGGCUGCCAGCACAGAGGCUGGGGGGGCCGUUGCCCUGGAGAUGCGCAAGGAGGACGACGACUCGGAGAAGAAGGACGAGAUGGACGACGACAUCAUGUUCACGGCCCUGGGGGAGGACGACAAGUCCAAGCCCUCCGUCGCCCCCCGCUGGGUGACGCGGGUGUUCGCGGCCGACUGCCUGUGCCGCAUCAUACUGCUGUGCGAGAACGCGGACAAGGCGCACUUCGACCUGGCCACCGCCCGCUCCGCCCGGGCCAAGAACCCCAAGGGUGACCUGCUGGUGCUGCACUUGUCGGACCUGAUCCGCAUGGCGUUCAUGGCGGCCACGGACCACAGUAACCAGCUGCGCAUGGCGGGGCUGCAGGCGCUGGAGGACAUCAUCAAGAAGUUCGCCGCCGUGCCGGAGCCCGAGUUCCCCGGGCACGUCAUCCUGGAGCAGUACCAGGCCAACGUCGGAGCCGCCCUGCGACCGGCGUUCUCACCGGACACGCCCUCUGACAUCACCGCCAAGGCCUGCCAGGUGUGCAGCACCUGGAUCGGCAGCGGUGUGGUCAGCGACCUCAACGACCUGCGGAGGGUCCACAACCUGCUGGUGUCCUCGCUGGACAAGGUGCAGGCUGGGAAGGGCUCCUCCAGCCAGUUAUACAGCGAGAGCGCCACCACCAUGGAGAAGCUGGCCGUGCUGAAGGCCUGGGCCGAGGUCUACGUUGUCGCCAUGAAGAUCAAAAAGGAGGCGGAGAACCGUCCGGCCGAGCCCCCGCGCGGCGGUGAGGAAGAUGAGGAAGACGUGGGUGCGGAGGCGGACGUGAUGCCGCCGGACAGCCUGAUCAUGCUGGUGCAGCCGGAGCUGCCCGCCCUCAGCCGGCUGUGGCUGGCCGCACUGCGCGACUACGCCCUGCUCACCCUGCCCGCCGAGUUCGCCAGCCAGCUGCCCCCGGACGGGGGGGCCUUCUACACCCCGGAGACCAUCGACACGGCGCGCAUGCACUACCGCAGCUCCUGGGCCCCCAUCCUGCACGCCGUGGCCCUCUGGCUGAGCAGCACCGGGUUCGGGGCCGGCGAGGGCCCCGACGACGCCCCGCCCGUCCCUCCCAGGGGCCCCGGGGCCGCGCUAGGCCCCCCGGGCGCCGCCCCCGCCGCGGGCAAGAACCUGGAGGAGCUGGUGAAGGACCGGAUGCAUCUGCUGCUAGGCGUGAGCAUCGAGUUCCUGUGCUUCCCGCGGCCCGAGGAGCCCAUCGAGCACGUCGUGUCCUGCCUGCAGGCCCUCUGCACCCUGCUGGACACGCCCUGCGCCCGCACGCACAUCGCCGAGGACCAGCUCCUGGGGGUGGAGCUGCUCAACGUGCUGCACAGGCUGCUGCUCACCCGGGACCCGCCCGCCGUCCAGCUGCAGGUGACCGCCGUGGUCCAGGACACCAUCCGCUCCGCCCAGGACCACCUGCAGCAGCAGAGGAGCCGCCAGAGUAAGGACGAUGCCAGUGAGAAGGACGGAGCGUCGGCCCUGGGAGAGGGGGGCGAGAGCGGGGAGCUGCUCGCGGGGAAGUCCCUGGUGUACGCCGCCAUGGAGCUGCUGGUGUUCAUCCUGGUGCGCCACCUGCCGCAGCUCAACACCCGCGUGAGCGACUCGCCCAGCCACCUGCCCUACCGGCCCCGGCGCCUCCCCGACGACAGCGCCCGCCUGGUAGCGGCAACCGUCGCCAUCCUGGCAGAGCUGCCCUCGCUCUGCUCCCCGGCGGGCAGUAUGACCGUCCUACCCACAAUCCUGUUCCUGAUCACGGGGGUGCUGAGGGAGACGGCGACGAAGAGCCCGGACAACGGGGUCCCCGCCCCCGUGACGGCCGCCCUGCAGGGGAUUAAGACCAUCAUCACCUCCCCCCUGGCCCGCGUGGAGAAGACCCGCACGCAGUGGACCGCGCUGGUCAGGAGCAGCCUGGCGUCUGUGCUGGAGUACUCACAGCCAGAUGAGUCCAGGCCGGACAUGGAUGAGGUCAGCAUGCUGACGGCCGUCACCCUGUUCCUGCUGUCGGCGGGGAGCGAGGUGCUGGGGGUGUCCUCCCUGCAGAAGGGCUGCAUGGACCGCUUCCGAAACGCCCUCAACUCCAGCGACCCCUGGAUCCAGGCGCGGUGCUACCAGCUGCUGCUGUCGGUGUUCCAGCACUCCAACCGCGCCCUGUCCACGCCCUACAUCCACGCGCUGGCGCCCCUGGUGGUGGAGAAGCUGAAGGGCGUGGAGCGCGUGCGCCCCCGUAGCGCCGCCGAGCUCCAGGCCGUGCAGGAGGGCACCAAGGUGCUGGAGAGCCUGGUGGCCCUGGGCGAGGAGCAGAACCGAGUGCAGCUGCUGGCUCUGCUGGUGCCCACCCUGAUCUCCUACCUGCUGGACGAGAACGCCUUCUCCUCCGCCUCGCCGGCCUCCAGGGGCCUGCACCAGUUGGCCCUGCAGGACCUGAUGCGCAUCGGGCCCCUCUACCCCGCCGCCUUCAAGACCGUGAUCGGGGCGGCGCCCGAGCUGAAGACCCGCCUGGAGACGGCCAUCCUGGCCAAUCAGGCCAGCAGCAAGGCCAAGGCGGCGGCCAGGCUGGCCCAGCCCGCCGUGCAGGCCGCGCCCACCAUCAAACUCAAGACGAGCUUCUUCUAAGUGUGCUCGCUCUCUCUCUCUGUCUCUCACUCUCUCUCACUCCUCUCCUGUCUUCCCCUCUGCAUUCCUUUUUACCGUCUAUGUUUUAGUUUGUCUGCUCUAAGAGGACCUUGAUUUUCUUAUUUAUUCCCCUUUCAUCCAGCUGUCUUUGUCUUUGGUGAUUCAGUUUUAACAGGUUUUGCUUGAAGUGUAAAUAUGGAGUCUCAUGUCGUAGUGUGGAUCUUUGAAGCCAGAAGCAAUGCAUUUUUACAGGGACCGCUUUUAGAAAAGUAGCAAAGUUGAUUUGAUUCCAAAGGAUUAAUUUCCUUUUUUCCUCCCGAUUGGUUCUUCGCAUCAUUCCAUUUUACUGUGAAGCCUGUGAUGCGCACCCCAACUUGUCCUUCUGUCAAGCACACGGGCAGCCUGUGUCAUUUUUACAGAUGUUAUAAACACCUCUCUGAGCAGUACACAGGUUUGGAUGCAAAUGAAAAUGUUGGUCCAUCCAAAUGAUUUCCGUCCCAUGAAUUAACUAUUCCAUUUUUUUUUUUUGAACACUUGAGUCUGGUAGAGUUUUGAACAGUUCCCCACUUCUGCAUCUGUGACAUCAGGUUGUCUCCUCAGGGGGCCCUUUGCCCUUGCAUAGCCAGGGGGAACUCUAAUUCUAAGGUGGGGAGGGUGGGGGGGGGGGCAGAUAACCAGGACACUUUGGCCAAAGCUAUGUACUGUAGAUCUUUGGCAUUUCCACGCUAAGGCCAAGGUCAGAGAAGCCUGCAUCUAUGAGCCGUUGGUUUUGAGAGCGAGCGAGCAUCUAACUGCAGGGCUGCCCUGCUUUUCUGAAGCAGUGCAUUGUGGGUGUAGUCUGCUUGGCUGCAUCGGCAUAUGUCUUGGAAGAUCAGCUUGAUGAAAAUGGACAGAUAAAUAUUUAUUUAUGGUAUGGUCUUAUCAGGAUGUUUAAUGUGUUUUGUAACAUUUCUGUAUGUUACACCUUAACAGGUUCAUGUAAAUAGCAAGGAUAUAUGAUGAAGAGAAAGGAACACAAGAUUUGUCAGUUAUAGUAUAAUGCAAAUAAUGAAAAAUGUUUUGAAAGGACACAAAUAACGUCAGUUACAAAAAUGUCUCACAUUAGGUUAAAGCAUUAAGCAUUAGGUUUUUAUACGUGUCUAACUUCUGGUUUCUGUGAAAUAUCACUACAUUAUUUAAUGUUUUGUGAAAUGUUUAUCAAGCUUACAACUUCACAACAGAAUAAAAUCAUGUUUAACAUCA